AUGGAACAAAAUUUGGACACAGGCACUGAGUUCACAUUGUGGGCACGGUUUGAAAAUACAGAUAUUCCAUUGGCGAAUUUGAAUUUUACAAACUCUCAGGUUCGGCUUGAUUUGGCUUUUGGCUCGGCCGACAAUGUCACAUUUUUUGUGGAUGGGCUUUGUACAAUAUUUUUUACUGGAUACUAUUUAGAAAUAGUUUGUUCAGAGUGCGCGGAAAUUGCACCGAAAAAACGGAAAUUCGUUGACGCAUCAACAUCAAAUCCUUGCAACAUAAGCUCAACGCCGAAAAACGUAACGCCCAAAUCAUCUCGUCCUGUAAACACACAAUUACGACAAGCUGAAUCAGUGUCAACAAUGAAUACAAUGGUUCCAAACAGUUCACAUCACAACACAUUCAAUACAGUUAACAUAAGUGACAACAACGACUCGACCUCGAAUCAUGGACACAUUGAGGAUAUUGAUGAAUUUAUCGAAGAUGACAUAAAUAAAUCACCGGAACAAGGGGUUAACAUGCAGGUGCCAUUACGCACACCGAGAAAACAAACAUCAUCAACGUCAAGUCUUCACAAUAUGAACACACAGCCAAUGAACGUAGCGCUCAAAACAUCUCAUCUUGCACGCAAACCAUUCCAAGCUCAAUCCGUGACGAAUGCACCGAUGCGAAAGACUUUUCAACCGAACAAGGUCAGAGUAGCUAGCAUGACUGACAACAACGAGUUGAUUCAAAAUCCAAAAAGCAUUCGCGAAGAAGUGACCUUUCAUGAUAUUUCAAUUGGCAAUGGCGCCACAGUUCAAAGAUCAUCAACAGUCACUAUCAGUUUAGUUGGAUCAUUAGAGAGUACGGGUCUUCAAGUUUUCGUCAAUCCAAAUUUCAAGUUCAAAAUUGGAAGCUCAAUCGCUCCCAGUGGCUUGAGUGAGGGAAUACGUGGUAUGACUGUUGGAUCAACACGUAGAAUCAGAUGCCCACCAAGUUUCGCUUAUGGGGCAGAUGGACUGGACCCUAGUGUGCCACCAUUUUCAAACAUCAUUUUUGAGGUUAGCCUUCUAAAAAUCGGAAAGUAA